CUUAUUUGAUGUGUGGUGGAGACGUUCUUGAGAGCUGCCAUUUGAAUUUUUAAGAACUUAUUUGAUGUGUGGUGGAAAAGUUCUGUGGAUAAAAAAGGUGUCUUAUCAUCAUCUAAUCCCUUUGAACGGUGGCUUCAUAUCCUGCAAUCUGCUUUACCUAUUUUGAGUUCACAACUGAGUUUAGCGACCAUGGCAGCUCUUUCCAUUUCUUCAGCUACAGCAGUACCAUCCUCCAUCAACAAGCAGUUAUCCUCUUGCAAUAGUGGGAUUUUCGCUCCUUUGGCGUUGAAGAAACAUGGGCAGGUGCAUGGGAGCUCAAGGAAAGAGGCAGCUAAAAUUAUUUGUCAAGCUGCAAACAUCGCUGCGGAUCGGGUGCCUGAUAUGGGCAAAAGAAAACUGAUGAAUCUGCUGCUGUUGGGAGCCAUUUCUCUGCCCACAGCCGGGAUGUUGGGUCCAUAUGCUCUCCUCUUUGUCCCUCCCCAAUCUGGAGGUGCUGGAGGGGGCCUUGUUGCUAAGGAUGCCUUAGGAAACGAUAUCACUGCUACUGCCUGGCUCAAAACUCAUUCUCCUGGUGACAGAACGCUAGCACAAGGUUUAAAGGGAGACCCAACUUAUAUUGUGGUGGAGAAAGAUGGGCAAUUGGCCACAUAUGGAAUCAAUGCUGUGUGCACUCAUCUGGGUUGUGUGGUGCCCUGGAAUAAGGCAGAAAACAAGUUCAUCUGCCCUUGCCAUGGCUCUCAGUACAAUUUCCAGGGCAAAGUUGUCCGUGGACCAGCGCCCCUGUCUUUGGCAAUCACGCACGCAGAUGUUGUGGAUGACAAGAUAGUGUUUGUUCCAUGGGUGGAAACCGAUUUCAGAUCAGGAGAAGACCCCUGGUGGUCUUAGGAUGUCUUGAGACGGAGAACCGGGUUUUUUAAAUAUAUACUAGUUCAUUUGAAUUGUAAAACAUUUCUUCUGUAAGGACUGACCUAUUGCCUGUAAUCCAUGUAAGCAACUUCCCGAAUUUUGCAAUAAUAGGUUCAACCUGCCAGACCUCAAUUGAAUUGUUCUAAUUCCUUUAGAAAUAAAAAGAAAAGGUUGAUUGGUCCUCAA